AUGAGAACACAAACAUUGUUGGUAUUGGCCACAUGCUUGUUGGCCGCCAGCUGUGUGGUGCUUGCCACUCAGCCACAGCUCCAGACAUACCCAUUGACAGUCAGCUCGAUCUCUGGUCUGUUCACAGGUGUCUACCAGAACCAAACUCGUGCCUUCCUCGGAGUGCCCUACGCCCAGGCACCCGUCGGCAACCUGCGUUUCCGUCCACCCCAGCCCAUUUGGUACAACUGGGGCAUGACCUACGCCACCCAGAACCCGCCCUCAUGCUACCAGUCUGGCCUCCCCGCCACCUACAACAUGAGCGAGGACUGCCUCUACAUGAACAUCUUCACCCCCAAGUACGUGUCCCAGGACGACGACCAGUUCUUCUCGCGUCUCCCCGUCAUGGUGUUCAUCCACGGUGGUCGCUACUGGACCGGUGCCGCCACCGACUUUGACGGCAGCUUGAUCGCCCCAGUCGGCGACGUCAUCUCCGUCGUCAUCCAGUACCGUCUCAACAUCUUUGGUUUCCAGUCAUUCGACUCUAACACCAACCUCGGUCUCCAGGAUCAGCAAGCUGCCCUCAGCUGGAUCCAGAAGAACAUCCGCGCCUUUGGUGGAGACCCCAACCGCGUCACCAUCUACGGAGAGUCUGCUGGAGGUUCAUCUGUGCUCCACCACUUGACCAUCCCCCAGUCCUACCACUUGUACGACCGUGCCAUCAUCCAGUCCUCAUGGCAAUGGUACAUCCCCACCGCCACCACCUCCCGUGACAAGACUGUUGCCUACGCCGCCACCAAGGGUUGCAACAUCACCAACUCCAACGGAACCCCCAACGUCAACGGCGUCCUCGAGUGCAUGCGUGCCCUCCCCGCCCGCAACAUCACCCCAUCUGCUGCCCAGUCUGACUUCUUCGUCCCAAUGGUCGACGGCCGUCUCAUCGACACCCUCCCAUUGACUGCCCUCAAGAACGGUCAGUACAACAAGCACGCCGAGGUCAUCAUCGGACACAACUACGACGAGGGUAACUUCAUGGCCUACUCGCGUCUUGGCUUCGUCGGACCAACUGCCAACGUCACCGAGACCAAGUUGAACGACACCAUCGCCAAGUACCUCAAGGUGUACUUUGCCCAAUCCGACGUCGACAACAUCCUCAGCUGGUACGUCCCAUCCGUUGCCUCCAGCAACUGGUACGGCGGCGCUGAGUUCUUUGGCGACUACUACAUCACCUGUGGCUCCAUCCUCGCCACCGAGUACUUCAACCGCGACAACAUCAACUUCAACUCAUACAUCUUCAACUACUCCUCGCCAAACUACCCCGCCUCGCAGCCAUACUUGGCCGCCUCCCACGGUAACGAGUUGCCAUACAUCUUCUUCCGCGACGUCUACACCCCAUACCCAUUCUCCACCGGCGACUACUUCAUGGCCUCCAGAAUGAACCGCGCCUGGACUGACUUUGCCGCCAACGGAAGCCCAGUGUCUUACCUCUCCCAGUGGCCAUCCACCUACCCCAACGCCAUGUACUACGGCCCAGACCCCACCGAUCUCGACGCCCAGGUCCCAUACCUCAAGACCAUCUGUGAGAACUGGAGACCAUACUUCCUUGCCUACUAA